AUGAAGACCACGUGGAAGGACAUCGCCCCGGUGCCUACGUCCCAGGAAUUCCUGGACAUUGUCCUCAGCCGCACCCAGAGGCGUCUUCCCACCCAAAUCCGCGCUGGGUUCAAAAUCUCUCGUAUUAGAGCUUUCUACACGCGCAAAGUCAAGUACACGGCCGAGACCUUCACCGAAAAGAUCCAGGCCAUUCUCGAGGGUUUCCCCAAGCUUCAGGACAUCCACCCCUUCCACAAGGAUCUCCUCAACACGCUCUACGAUGCCGACCACUUCCGUAUCGCCUUGGGUCAGCUCUCGACCGCGAAACACCUGAUUGAGACUGUGGCGAGGGACUACGUGCGUCUGCUGAAGUAUGGCCAGUCGCUCUUCCAGUGCAAGCAGCUCAAGCGCGCUGCGCUGGGUCGCAUGGCCACCAUUUGCAAGCGCCUGAAGGAUCCGCUUCAGUACCUCGAGCAGGUGCGCCAGCAUUUGGGCCGUCUGCCUUCGAUCGACCCCAACACCAGGACUCUGGUCAUCUGCGGUUACCCCAACGUUGGAAAGUCGAGCUUCUUGAGGAACAUCUCUCGUGCGGAUGUGGAUGUUCAGCCCUACGCUUUCACCACCAAGAGCUUGUUUGUCGGUCACUUCGACCACAAGAUGUUGCGAUUCCAAGCCAUUGAUACCCCCGGUAUCCUCGACCACCCUCUCGAGGAGAUGAACACGAUCGAAAUGCAGAGUAUUACCGCCAUUGCUCACCUUCGCUCUGCCAUUCUGUACUUUAUGGAUCUCAGUGAGCAGUGCGGCUACAGCGUUUCCGCACAGAUCCAGCUUUUCCACAGCAUCAAGCCCUUGUUCAACAACAAGUUGGUUUUCGUCGUCAUCAACAAGACCGAUCUUAUGAAGCCUGAGGACCUGGACGCGGAGACACAAGAGAGCCUCCAGGGCAUGCUCAAGUCCGGGGAGGUGGAGUUGUUGCAGCUUUCCUGCAACACCACCGAAAACGUCAUGGCCGUCCGUGGUGCAGUCUGUGACAGACUUUUGGCACAGCGUAAUGCUGAGAAGCUGAAGGCUGGCACAAACGCUUCCGGCGAGAUCACUGGCCGUCUUGGAGAGGUUUUGAAGAGGAUUCACGUUGCCGUGCCUAUGGACGGCAUUACGCGUGAGGCUUUCAUCCCGGAAGCUGUUAAGAACAAGAUGAAGUAUGACCCGAACGACCCCAACCGCAAGAAGCUGCAGCGCGAAAUCGAGGAGGAGAAUGGCGGCGCCGGUGUAUACAAUAUCAACCUCAAGGAGAACUACCUGCUGGAGAACGAUGACUGGAAGAACGACAAGAUUCCCGAGGUUUUCAACGGAAGGAACGUUUACGACUUCAUCGACCCCGAUAUCGAGGCCAAACUCGCUGCGCUCGAGGCUGAGGAGGAGCAGAUGGAGGCCGACGGUCGCUACCAAAGCGACUCUGAUGUUGAGGAUGCUGAGGAGGCCGACGUCCGCUACAAGGCCGGUAUUAUCCGUGAGAAGCAGGCGAUGCUCAAGAACGAGUCCCAGAUGAAGAAGAGCCUGAAGAACCGCGCUCAGAUUCCUCGCACUGCGAAGGCCAAGAAGCUGUCACAAAUGGAAUCCCACCUGGAGAGCCUGGGUCACGAUACCAGCUCUCUUGCUCACCGUGCACGCUCACAAUCUCGUGGCAGGAGUCUCGCCCGUGGCCGUUCUGAGGGCGCAGACGGCGAUGCUAUGGACAUCGACAAGCCGCAGCCCAGCGCCAUCGAGCGCGCGAAGAGCCGCGCGCGCAGCCAGAGCACCAACCGUCGUGAUGACGGUGUCACGAAUGAGGCUGCACGCUCGAAGGCGGAGCGGAUGGCUAAGCUGUCGCAGAAGAAGAUGAACCGCAUGGCCAGACAGGGUGAAGCCGACAGGCACACAACCGCGUCUCUCAACAAGCAUUUGCUUGCUGGCAAGAGAGGAAUGGGCAGCACGAGGAGUCGUUAA